AUGGCAAAAGACCUCUUCUUGCGGCCUCACUUGUCUCCAACAACUGAGAAGCUCAAGAGUACUGAGUUCGUCAAGAUUUGGGCCAGCACGUCAUGCUACCUCAGCCAACAGCUGGCUCUCCACCAGGUGGGACUUACCUCCUUCUCCUCCCCUCACAUCCUGACGAAGGUUGAUGAAGUCCUGACAGACCUUUGCCAUGGAGUGCAACUGGUUUGCCCCUCCUUUGAAAGACGGAACAAUGCCCCAGCACGACCCUGCAACGCACAGAUGUGCAACGGACCACCUCCUCUGUCCAUUCGGAUGUACAAUAAGGCUGUCCGCAUUCCUGGACUUGGGACUUUUGUGGUUGUCAGAGAGCGAGUAGUCAGCAAGGAGAAGGAUCCGGUGGUUGUGGAGAGACCCGUGUUUCAUCUUGCGAACGCUAUCGCGCGGGACCAUGGCCUCCGAUAUGGUUGCAUAGACAUUCCUGGUCAUCAACAUUUUGAGCAACUGCCAUACGCUCAGAUAGCCUCAGACAACGCUGUCUCUGAGGGCACGGUGCAGCUCUGCGUGGAAAGGACCAUGCGUCUUUUCCGUGUCUGCCUCGAGAACAGGGAUAACGUUGCCCUCGUUUGGAGGGACGUGGGCAUGCUGAUCAUCCAGGGAAGAGACGUAAAAAUGAGAUUUUACACAGACUUUCUGAAAAGGCUGAAUGGGACUGACCAGAUGUUGCAAGCUGUUCUCGAGAUGCCAGAGAUGAGGGACUCGGUCAUCUCACGCCAUGACACUGCUGCUUCCCAGACCUCUUCUGGGCGUGUUGUCGUCCUACCGGGGUACAAGCUUGAGACCGUGCCUAAAAUGCCAACAGUGAAAGCAGACCUGACAGGACAUGUGAAGGCCACCCCAGAGAAGGGCUGGGGAAAAGGUGAUGGCAGUGGAAAGAAAGAGGACCUUGCCGAGCAGCGCCUCCUUCGUCGAGCAAGGCUUUCUCCAAAGCGGUUACCUGCAGCGACUGUAAAGUCAGAGCAGGGUCAGAAAGCUGAGGGGAGGGAGCCUCGCGCCAGGCAGCUACCGGCCAUCCAGGGGAGCUCCUUGAAGGAAAAGGAGGAGAAAGAGAAACAGAAACUAAUUCCUCUGGUCGAACCCCGAACAGUAGACUUCAUUGCCAGAGCUAUUGAGAGGAGAGAAAAGAAUAAACACUUGAAGAGGAAGGAGAAGCUUCCAGAACACAUCCAGAAAUACUUGGAUAAAGAGGAAAAGGAGAAAACAGAUACCGCUGAGCAAGCACCAGUCAGCCCCUCAACUAGCACGGAGACGGGGGACUCCAGCCCCGACCUCCUGGAGACGAGGGACUCCAGCCCCGACCUCCUGGAGACGAUGAUGGAGGAGUGGGAAGAGGCCGGAGGCGAGCCACCCACAGUCUGCGAGGACGACACUGUCCCCCCUAAGCGGAGCCUUUCCCCACGGACACGCCAGGCCCUGCGGCAGGUGGUGACGUGCAUCCUGGGGCAGGUCACCCGCAAGCGCAGGGGGCAGAGGGAUGACCAGACGGAUCUGCAGGACAAGCUCAAGUGCGAGCUGGCAGUGCUGCAGUGGCGUCGGUUGGGGCAAGAGGCAUGCAGCAGCCCACAGCUGCGGGAAGCUGGACCCCAACCUGCACCCCCUGCUAGGGCAGGGAAGAGGAGGGCAGGACCGGCGCAGCCCCGUGUGUGCACGGAGGAGGAAGGACGCAAGCUCUGGGACUCCUUGCGCAAGAAGUGCCAGCAGAAGGCAAGGGCAAAAGUGGCACCCCCGAAGGCUUGGAAAGACAAGCGAGAGCCAUGGGAGGCCCAGGUGCUGCAGGCGGUGAAAAACAAUGAGGAAAAGAGUAUUCCUGUCCUGCGGGGAGCCAAGGGCUCCUGCGUUCGUGGCACUCCAGAGUGGUGGGGAGAGGGCAGAAAAGGGCCAUCCGCGGGGGAUGAGGAGAGCCCAGAGGACAAGCUGAGUCUCUGCCUUUUGGAGUCCUCACCUCUGAAAAGGUGAGUGUGGGCCAGCUUCAGGCCAGACCUGGGCCAGCUGGGGGCUGGUGACCCAGCUGUGGGUGGGGGAAGCAAAUCCCAGAGCCACGGGCCUGGACAUGGACA